AACCCCAGAGCAUUUCUUCCUCUCGUUGCUGUUGCUUUCAGAGGGCAAGGGAACAAGACGAUGGCUACCAAUGCCAACGAGCAGUGGAAGACUUCCAAUGAAGUCCUGGCGGCUACGGCAGGAGUUGACAGCUGGCGGACCUUUGCUGGUCGAACCACGGGAGGAGAAGGAUUUCAGCUGAUGGAUCUUGCUCGCGCUUUCGUCAAGACUGUCACUCAGCAACAGCCACCGGCAGGCACCGAAUGUCCUGUCUGCUAUGAGGUUCCAGAGGAAUGGAAUAUUGUUUCGUCUUGCGGCCAUGCCACUUGUAUUGAUUGCUUUCAUGCCUAUGCAGCAUCACAGGUGGCGGAUCCUGCCCACCAUGGAUUUCUCCGCUGUCCGGCAUGUCCCUGCCCGUUGCGAACCAAAGACGCUGUCAAGGCAAUCGGCAACAAUCCAGAGGCCUUGGCAUUGUGGGAUGCUCGGCUGCGUGAUCAAGCUCUCAAACGCAUGUCUGGGUUCCGCCUAUGCCCAAAUUGCGGAAACAGAAACAGCAACGAAACGACCAAUGACGAUGGCAGCAAUAACAAUAACAACAACAACAAUGCUGCCAAUGACAACAAUCAAUCCAAUGGUGUCGCUGGAGAGGGCCAGGGACGUGGUGUCAUGUCAACGACUGCAGAGUACAAACCUCUGACUUGUGGUGGAUUUGCCACGGCAGAAUGUCUGGCCGGGAGAAGCAAGCAACUGCAUAGCUUCUUGUCACGUUGCUUGGCAGUAGCUGUUCUCAGUUUGGCUGUUCUGGUAGAGUUCUUUCGGCGCCAAUAUUUGCAUGACGUCUUUGUCAAGACGACCUUCUUGGCUUGUUCAUUUGUUUUCCACCUCAUGCUCUGUGAUACCGCAAAUCGCUUUUUGAACGAACGAAAGAUCUUGGAUGAUGCCGCAGAGGAAGGACAUUUGGAACGAAUGGCGGGCAAAAGAGUGGUGUCGUGCCCUGGCUGUGAUGUCAACUUUUCUCUCGCUUCGGAAGGCUCAGACGCUUCGUCGGAAGAGUGGAUCAAAAAGCAUACCCGCAAUUGUCCCGGAUGCAACGUUGUCCUGACCAAGGCCCGAGGCUGCAGUCACAUGCGGUGCACACAAUGUGGAGUUCAUUUCUGCUGGAAAUGUAUGAAGCAAACAUUCUUGUUCUUCCAUUCUUGCCCCGAGACGAACACGAACUGAACGAAAUGUGGGGUUGAAGUUUAGUUGGCAGAUUGGGAAGCGAUGCAGAUCUUGGAAUGAGCUGAAACGCAUUCCCAGUGCCAGCCAACUCCAUUGAGCAAAACCGUCGGACGGUCCAGAAGCAAUGGCAUUUCGAUCUCUUGUUUUUGUUUUCGCUUGCUAUUAAUAGGUGGGCACUCAUAAGACAUUUGACGUUCGAAGCAGUAAUCACAUACAUAAUUGAAACGGAGGAAAAGAAUAUAGAGAUUACAGCCACCACGCUACCGGUAGUCCUCACACAGUGCGGCUGGCAGUCCAUUAGUGCG